AUGCUAGGCAAGUUCUCUACCACGGCGUUACACCCCCAGCUCUGUGACAGAUCUUGGUGCCUAGCAUUCUCCACCAGCUGGGAUAGAGAAGUCCAGGGGAGCUUCAGGCCUCUUGGUCCUCUUGCGGCUCUCUGGCUCCAGCUGUCCCUGCAGCAUGGCCUUCAACGGCAAAUACCAGGUGGAGAGCGAGAAGAACUUUGACGAGUUCGUGAAGCGCCUCGGUCUCUCUAGUGACGUGAUUGAAAAGGGUCGCAACGCCAAGAUCGUCACGGAGAUACAGCAGAACGGGCAGGACUUCACCUGGGUGCAGUCCCUCUCGGGGAGCCACAUCAAUACCAACAAGUUCACCAUCGGCAAAGAGAGCGACCUGGUGUCCUUCGGGGGCAAGAACUUCAAGGCCACCGUGAAUAUGGAAGGCGGGAAGGUAGUGAUCGAGUUCCCCAACUAUCGCCACACCUCGGAGAUCGUGGGUGACAAGCUGGUGGAGAUCUCCACCGUCGGAGACGUGACCUAUGAGCGCGUGAGCAAGAGGCUGGCCUGAGCGAAAAGGCUGGGCUCCGCGGGUGUGCAGAGCCACCAAUAAAACUGACCUGAGCAGA